GGGUGUCGCGCGCGGCGCCGCCGGCACCCAGUCGUUUGACGCCUGCCGUGCGAGCGGGUGUCGUGCCGGGAUUACGAGUGUCGUGCGAUCGAGCUGCCGCCGGCCGGCGCGUGAUGGACGUUGCAUGAGCGACCGCUGGAGCCGUCGGGCACGCCGGUCGUGGAGCGCUCGCCGUGGGCCCCGGGCGGCGCGGGCAUGCGCUUCGAAGGUGGGGAGCGGCGCGACGCCGUCGCGUUCCAUCCCCUGCUGGCGCCGCGUCCGAGCGACUUCUCGGUGUCGGCGCUGCUGACGGCGGGCGCGCUGCCGCCCCCGCCCUACCUGCCGGCCGCGCUGGCCGCCGCGCUGUCCGCGCCCUGCCCGCUGCUGAAGCCGCCGCCGCCGCCGUACGCGCCGCUGCCGCCAGACGACGACGGUGUCGUCGAUGACCCCAAAGUCACGCUCGAGGGCAAGGACCUCUGGGAAAAGUUCCACAAGCUGGGCACCGAAAUGGUGAUCACCAAGAGUGGCAGACGUAUGUUUCCUGCCUACAAAGUUCGCGUAUCUGGUCUUGAUAAAAAAGCAAAAUACAUUUUGCUAAUGGACAUCGUAGCUGCCGACGAUUGCAGAUACAAAUUCCACAACAGUCGGUGGAUGGUGGCCGGCAAGGCGGACCCCGAGAUGCCGAAGCGGAUGUACAUCCACCCGGACUCGCCCUCCACCGGCGAGCAGUGGAUGCAGAAGGUCGUCUCCUUCCACAAGCUGAAGCUCACCAACAACAUCAGCGACAAACACGGAUUUGAGCUCAUCUAUAGCCAAAGUCAACGGAUGUUGUCAAAGUUGCUGUGGCCCAACCCGGCACCUAGUGCGCCAAGAGAUCCCCACUCAGACCAUUUGUGUGUCACACAGACGAUCCUGAACUCCAUGCACAAGUACCAGCCGCGGUUCCAUCUCGUGCGGGCCAACGACAUCCUCAAGCUGCCCUACUCCACGUUCAGGACCUACGUGUUCAAGGAGACCGAGUUCAUCGCCGUCACGGCUUACCAGAAUGAGAAGAUAACUCAACUGAAAAUCGACAACAACCCGUUCGCGAAAGGUUUCAGGGACACCGGCGCGGGGAAACGGGAAAAGAAUUUGUCCGUGUACCGCAGACAGGCGCUGCUGACGGCGCGGGCGGACGCGCGGGAGGACGACGAUGAGCGGCCGCUGGACGUGGGCGGGCCCGGCUCCCCGCCGCCCGCUGCCGCCGCCCUACACUCCUCAUCGUGGUUCAGCUCCACGAGUAGCGGCGGCGGUGGCGGCGGUGCGGACUCGGGCGCCGAGGAGGCCCUGGAGGCGGGCUCCGACUCGUCCUGCUCCGGCGGCGCGCGAGCAGCCUCCCCCCCCGCCGGCCCCUCGCGCCCCUCGCCCGCGCCCGACGUGUCGCUCGGCCCGCCCGUGCAGCCCCCGCUGCUGCCCUACCUGUACCCGCCCUCGCUGUACCCGCCGCCCUUCUUCCCCCCGCACCAGAUGCCGCCCGGCCUGCUGUUCAACCUGCACCCGCUGCUGCAGCAGUACUCGCUGCCGCCGCCGCCCGUGCCGCACGCGCCGGCGCCCUCGCUCUCCAAGGCGCACAGGUUCGCGCCCUACGCGUUGCCCGGGCUCGGGUCGGCCUUCGAGCAGGUGGCGCCGCGCGCGCGAAGCCUCAGCUCGUCGCCGGCGCGCGGGGGGCGCGGGGGGUCGCCGCCCGCGCGCGCCGCGUCCGCCGAGCCGCCGCCGGACGCCCCCGCCGGCGCCACGGCCGCCGCCACCGCCGCCACGCCGCCCGCCUCCGACCUCAAGUCCAUCGAGCGGAUGGUCAACGGCCUGGACGUGGAGCCGCAGGACUGACUCACCUAGUGCUCUGUAUGUAUAUAGCGUCUUGUAUUUAUCUCGAGGAGCCGCGGCGGGUGGCAUCAUUUUGUAUCGUUCCUAUUUUGUUUUCUGUCGAGUGGUACUCGGGUCGUUCUUAUACAGACAUUGUAAAUAUAUAAGCUUAGCGUUACGUGGUUGUUAGACAUCUGUAAGAAGUGGGACGUGUGUCGGAGAUCCCCCGGGUCUGGCAACGUAGUUGGCUCACAGCACCCGGCGUCAUCGUUACGGUUAGCUAAAACCACUAGAGUAGUAAAUGCUACUGUUUAUAAAUACGUUGUUGGUAGAAUUCGGAUUCAUAGUAACAUUUACGUUUUUAUUUUAAAUUUAAUUAAUACUCAAUUAAUAUUUCAAGUUUUUAAGUGUCAACCGUUUCUAAUAUCUUUAUUCUCGCAACAACGUACGUAAUCUUUAAUUCAUUUUACCGAACAUCAAACACCUAAUAUAUGCCACAUCUAGUAACAAAAACCACAAUAGUCGAUAGUGUCCACUGCAAUAGCAAUAGGCUGCAUUCCGCAACUUUUUCCGUCAUUACUAAGUACUUGUAUAAAAUAUAUAUUUGUACGCAUUUUCUGGUUAGAGGUGAGGUGCAUGUAAGAUCAUUGUCAUUCGUAUAUUUAAAACUACUAGGUCUUAUGUAUAUUUAAACAUAGUACGUCGUCUUUGGAAAUAUGUCGUUAAGUAUAUUAAUUAUGAUUCAUAUUUUUUAUGGCACCUUAUGUACUAAAAAGCAAAACUACAAUUGAUAUACAAUCGAUGUUUUUUUAUAUAUGUAUAAUAAAUUAAAUAUCUUGCCAGAAGAAUGUGUAAAUUUAUCUAAAAUUGUACAAAUUAGUAAUGUGGAAUUAAGUUGAUCAUUGAUUUGUUUAAUGUCAUGUCUUACUUACUAUAAUAAGGUAUAUUAUUAUAUUUUAAUUUUGUAAAUACAAUUUGUAAGGUAUAUUUACGUGUUUACGUAUAUAGAUUUAAAUUUUGAAAUUAUGUUUUGUCAAUUGUGCUGUGAGGACCGCAGGCAUUGAAUUGUUAUUUCUUAAAAAUCUUAUUAUUUUUAUUUAUUAAUGUAUACUGUAAAUUAUCUUUCAUAUUUUUUAUUUAUAUCAUUAACUUUUGCACGACAAAGGAAUUUAACAUUCAAAAUUAUGUUUAGAAAUAAGAAUUACCAAUUCAUUGCUUGCAAAAAACGAUUGAUAAAAGUUAUUAUAAGUUAAAGUCUGUAAUAUAUAGUUGAUAAAUAUUUUAGUUAAAAUACAAAAUAUAUUAUAAAAUGAAUAUAAUUUUCCAUUGAAUCAUGUCGCAAUAAAAGUUGAAAUUGAAUGUUAAAUAUAUUGUUUGCAUAACUACGUAUAUUUAUUUGGCCUGUCAAAGAUACUUUAUUAUUUCAAUCAUUAGUUUGCCAUUUUUCUACUUAAGAAAUAAAACUGCUUGUUAAAGUACAUUCAAAUGGAAAAUGACUGUAAAUUGUGCAACAGCUGUAUUGAGAAUUAUUCAUUAAAAUAUAUAUAGAUAAAUCUAUUGACAAAAAUUAACAA